AUGCACUACAUUCGCUGCCUUCGGCCGCCCAAAAUUUCCAAAGUCGGCAAGAUACGUCAAUUUGAGCUGCUCUUUGUGAUUUCGACCGAUCUAGGUGACUCGCUCCUCAUCCCGGACGAGCCACUAGAGAUCAAUGUUCGAGCCGCACUGCCCACAGCCUCCAAAACCAUCACGGUGCCGCUCACCAAGAAUGGCCAAUUAUUCUGGAAGCCCGGCCACAGAGUCCUCAAGCAAGGCUUCAGCUCCAUGAUGGUGUCCGCCGCCAUUGACUGUGGGAGGGCAGUGGAGAUUUGUAUCAGUGUUGCGGAUGAGCACUCUGCCAGGUCCGCCAAAGACGUCCUUGAUCCCGAGAAGAAGACUGGUCUUGUCAUGCCGCUGUUCCUGACACUUGACGGCAACAUGCAUGGCCAAGAGGUUUCUGUGCGCAAGCUUGACUUGGGCGAUGGUUCUCAUACCCCAUCGCUACAAAUUGUUGAAGAUAUCGGCGAGCCCAAAAGCUUGGCCCGGCACGUCUGGGACGGUGGGAUUGUUGCCGUGUGUGGUUUGGCUGAAACGGCACAGAGGACGGUGACGCGAUCAAGCCGAGGAGAAUGCUUGAGAGCGAUCACGGAUGUGCUGGCAUCUUCCAAGCCCCUCAACAUCCUCGAACUCGGCUGCGGCGUCGGACUCUUAGGGCUCGGGUUCGCUGCGGCGUCGGCCCAGAUCAGGUCUUCAACCGAACAUGAGCGCACUGUCUUGAUGACCGACCUGCAAGAUGCCGAAGAACAAGUGCGAGCCAACAUUGAACGUGCGUCUACAGAGCCGGGCAUCAACCUCGAUUUUGAGAGUCUCGACUGGGAACAAGGUCGCCACGGUCACUUUGGAUCGGCCGUCAAGGCUCGGUACUGGGAUCUCAUCAUGUUCAGCGACUGCACGUACAAUGUGGACGUGCUACCUGCCUUGGUUGGGACGCUAUCUGCAUUGCACGAAAUGAAUGCUGCGCAUUCUGGCAAAGGCCCUACGAGAUUGUUCAUGGCAACCAAGCCGCGCCAUUCGUCGGAAGAUGAAGUUUUCGCGCUUUUGGCGAAUAAUGGCUGGGCGAAGCGAGAAGAGCAGGUUGUGCGACUUCCAGUCAUGGGAGCCGAUGAUCAACGUGUCGAACUGUACUCUUUCGAGAAGCUGUGA